AUGGAGCUGGCGGGUGGCGCGCGUGUGCGCGGCGGUGUGUGCAUGCAUUAGGAUGCGCGUUCCUGCGUUUGACGUUUAUAUCAGGCAUCCGUGCCAUUGGGCGGCAGCAGAAGAGCCGGGUCAGCUGAUCGGGGGAAAAUUCAGUACCCCUUGAAGGGAACAGCUCUCCUGUCGUAAAACGCCUGGUGGAGUACCAUUACCAGAGAUUCUCCCUACAUGGGCGUCAUCAGUGCGCAAGGGUAGGGACCUCAAACUGUUGGAGUGUGGGGUGUAAGGUGUGAACGGCUGGCUUCUGCUUCCUCUUUUUUUGUCCUUUUUCUCUUUCGGUGGAGCGGUCCCGGCCGCGUCCUCAGCUUCGCCCCCUUUGCCGGCGGCAGUAACGGGCGAUGGCGGAGUGCGAGAGGAAGACGCUGUCACCCCUGGAAGCGGCCCGCUCCCGUUACGAGAGCCUGCAGAUCUCGGACGAUGUGUUUGGGGAAUCGGGGGAUGACAGCAGCGAGAACCCUUUCUACAGCACUUCUGGGGACUCCAACUCAGAUAACUACACCUCGGAGAUCAACGCCGACGACAUUAGGAUCUGCGAGGUUGGCAGCAGCCACCCUGGAGCAUCGGGACCCAAUACCCUAGAAGAGGAAGGCUGGAGCGAUACCCUCCGAGACAUUACGGUGCCCUCCUAUAAGGGGACAUGUGGCCCCAUGCAGCGCAUGUCGGCCACGGCCACAGCCAUCGACUUCUUCCAGCUCUUCGUGCCCGACAACGCCAUCCAGAACAUGGUGACGCAGACCAACAUGUACGCCAAGAAGUACCAGGAGCGCUUUGCCAGCGAGGACGGCUGGCGCCCCGUGACGGUGCAGGAGAUGCGCGCCUUCCUGGGCUUUGUUUGCUCCACCGGCGUGCACCGCUGCGAGUCCGUCCUCAGCAUCUGGAGCAGCGGCUUCUUCGGGAACCGCAGCAUCGCGCCGCGCAUGAGCCAGACGCGCUUCGAGAAGAUCCUCAAGUACUUUCAUGUGGUGGCCUUCCGCUCCAGCCAGGGCAGCCAAGGCCUCUACAAGAUCCAGCCCUUCCUGGAUUGCCUGCAGCAGGCUCUCACCUGCACCUUCCGGCCCUCACAGACUCAGGUAUUGCAUGAGCCCCUGAUUGACGAGGACCCCGUUUUCAUCACCACCUGUACCGAGAGAGAGACACGCAAGAGGAAGAAACGGAAAUUCAGCCUGUGGGUGCGCCAGUGUACCUCUACGGGGUUCAUCUGCCAGAUCUACGUCCACCUGAAGGAGGGCCUGGGUCCAGAUGGGUUGGACACGCUGAAACAUAAGCCACAGCUCCACAGCCUGGUGGCCCGGCAACUCUGCCAGAACCUGACAGCUCAGAAUGCCAUCAUCUUCACGGGCCCCAGCAUCACCAGUCUGAACCUCUUCCAGGAGUUCCAGAAGCAGGGCAUCUAUUGCUGCGGCUUGCUGAGCUCAAGGAAGAGUGACUGUACUGGCCUCCCGCAGUCUAUGCUGGCGACGACCGGCGGGCCGCCGCAGCGAGGACAGUCGCGCAUCAAGAUGAAUGGCGACAUGUCCCUCAUCAGCUGGUACAACAAGGGCCACUUCCGCUUCCUAACCAACGCCUACUCACCCACAAAGGAAGGGGUGAUCAUCAAGCGGAAGAGCGGUGAGAUCCCUUGCCCACUUGCCGUCGAGGCGUUCGCUGCCCACCUGGGCUACAUCUGCAAGUACGACGACAAGUACAGCAAGUACUUCAUCUUCCAUAAACCCAACAAGACGUGGCAGCAGGUCUUCUGGUUGACCAUCAGCAUCGCCAUCAACAACGCCUACAUCCUGUACAAGAUGUCGGAGGCCUAUCAGGUGAAGCGCUACAGCCGAGCCCAGUUCGGGGAGCGUCUGGUGCGGGAGCUGCUGGACCUGGACGACUGCUCACCCACCCAGUGAGGGCACGGGAGAGACUGGUCCGCCCACGCACACACACACGUACGCUCACCCGCACACACCCGCACACACUUUCCAGCAUGCUCUCGCACCCACAGCCACACACGCACGGUCUCUCUCUCUCACGCCUGCUCUUCCUGA